AAGUCCAGACUCAGCAAGUUUACCGAAGAAACAUUUCGUCUAGAGCCAGAAGAAGCUCGUAUAUCCGUUCUUGGCCCUGAAUCGACUGAACAAACAUGAUAUAUACUUUGUGCACACGCCCGCAUUAACCGAUACAGAGCCGCCGUCGGUUUCGCUCUCCAAACUGUUACUGGCCACCAAAUGCACAUUUGUGUCAAUGCAUGCUGGGCGCUUCUGUUUCCUGGCGAUCUGGAAAACGGUGGAAGCGGAAAGGUCUACCCACACACUCCGAUUUUAGCUCCGUGACCGCUUUCGUUCAACAGACUGGUUCCACUUUCGACAGCUGACCUAGAGGCUUCUGCGACAGCCCCUAGCUUUGUAAAGGCUCCUGAGAGUACCGCUUUCGGUAUCAGAGCAAUAAUUUAACCACCAGCCGUGAAGAACUGUUCAGUGUUUAGUUGUGACAAGGACACCCUAGUCCAAAGAAAUCCACCAAGCUGGUGCUCGUACCCUAUACCUGCAUAUGAGGCCUUGAUUUCUGGCAAGACACUUCUUCAGCGGAAAACAAAAUGAUGCACUCUCAGGCGGGAGUCGUUGUCUCCAGUGGGCUCGACAACUCUUCCCUUCUUUCAUCACGUCAGGCGAAACAGGGGAAUCCCCUCGCUCGUCUCCGCACAUUCCAACAGAGCAUCCAUCGGUUGCUUACAGACCCUGCUUUUGAAUCUCUGUUCGACGUCGUCAUCGUCGCAGAAAACAAGGAACUCCGCGCACACCAGUGUAUUCUCUCCGCGUGCAGCGAAUAUUUCAAGAGGUUGUUUUGCGGUCCAGACACCGCAAAAAGAAUUGAAUUCCAACAGAGAUGGGUCGUCGUCCAGCAGCUUGUUCGCUGCAUGUACGGCGCAGAUAUUGAACCCGGCACAGAUCCGGAAAUCAUUCUCGAGGUUUUGGCUGAAGCACGGAAUUUGGAGGUGAAUUGCCUCUCCAUUGAGGACUGCCUGUCUCUCAUCGUCGACCAACUGAGUGUGGUGAACUGUGCAAGAGUGUUGACGCACGAAGAAGUUGCGCACCACCGCGAGCUGUCUAGGCAGGUCUGCUCGUACAUCGUCAAGCGCUUUUCCGACGUCGUCCGCAAUCCUACGUCGCGUCAGCAACUUCUGCAAAUGCCCAGGAACCAAAUUGUCUACAUGGUUAGGGAACUCUGUCGGCGCUGUGACACGAAUCGAGACACCGACUUGAUUGUCCGCUUCGUCGUCGACUGGUCGCAGUUCGAAACUGCCUGCGACCUCCUACGAGACUGCAAACUCUGGGACUGGUCUCUCGAACCCGGCGCACUGUCUGUCUUCCGCGACGAGGACCAAAGUGCGCUACAGGCCCCGAGCCUGCCUCAGGCAGUACAGUGGCGCAUCCCGAAUCUGCGCGUUGCCCUACGAGAACAGCUUCCCAUGAAAUACGUGGUCGGCACCUACUUUGACUGGUCCGUUCGCCUCGACCACGGCGGCGAAAACAAACUUCGCCUUGUAUACGAGUCUGCGCUGGACCGAAAUCCCGGCCAGCCUGCAUGCAUCAAACGCUUCCCCGCUGCACUCUUCGCUUGGCAGGUGAUUUUCCGAGGUGAAGACGUGUUCAGAGAGCGGCCAGUGUUCAUUUGCUUCCCAGAACACGUUGCUCUUCACUGGUCAACCACGCUUCCGAUCUCGACGGCGGACGUGACGGACGGCGAUGAGUUGACGAUUUUGGUAACCAUGACAGAGAUCCCUUUGGUGUCGCUAAUUCUUUAUUAUUUCUCCAGCGAUUUGAAUCAGACACUUGCACACGAAGAUAUCCUCAACAGACUGCCACACAUUGAGUACCGCUGUCUGUCAUCCUACACACUUUUCCACUCUGCGCAACCACAGCCCUUGGCUUCUGUCCUGUGAUGUCGAGCUUCUCCAUCUUUUCCCCUUGAAUGAAC